CGUCAUUCUUCAGGGACGUCUAGCGCUUUACGGCAAUGUUGACUUCGUCUUUUGACUGUCGUUCAGCAUGAAGUAGCUAAGUUUACAUCAAAUGUUUGAUUCAAAUGAGCGUUUUUGAUCUAUUUCGUGGAUUUUUUGGGGUACCUGGAGGCCAUUAUCGUGGGGAGGGCCGAAGGGACCCCUUCUUCGAAGGCAUGACCCAUGACGACGACGAUGAAGAGGAGGAUGGAAUCUACUUUGAUGAUUCCCAGGGUGGUGGUGGCCAGCAGGACCCGUUUGAUGAUCAGUGGAGGUUUGGGUUCAGCAUGGGCCCAAACGGAGUGAGGAUCCAGGAGCCUGAGGUGUUUGGCCAGGUCUUCAGAGAGAUGGAGGAGAUAUUCUCACAGCUAGGCCGAUUCGAUGGUCAGUUUGGAGCAGGACAGUUUGGUGUUCCCAGUAUUGAGGCGCCCACUCCCCAGGACAGGCCGGAGAGAGGUGGGGGAGGAUCCAGUGGAAAUUCCUUGAGGGACUUCAUGUUGAAAGGCCCGAAUGACUGCCCACGCGGGCCGACUGGGCUGCCCUCAGGACCAUCAGGAGGCCCCGGGGUCGAUAAGAGCCCUCCAUCUGGUGGCCCAUUUUCCCCCAACACACCCUUUGAUCGCUGGACACCCUUUUCUAAGUUCAAUGAUAUUUGGAGAGGAAGGCUACAAAGGGGUCAAGAGCAGGAGCCGAAAGCAGACAGAGAUCUGGACUCGCAAGUCUCCUCUGGAGGGCUGGAUCAGGUUCUAGCGCCACCGGCUUGGUCUCCCACUCAGCCAAAGAAGCGCUCUUUCUUCCAGUCGGUCACUGUCACCAAAGUGGUGAAGCCUGAUGGGAGUGUUGAGGAGAGGCGCACCGUCCAAGAUUGCCAGGGGAACGAGGAAACCACAGUGACUUAUAUAGGGGGGUGCGAGGGGGUACAGGAUCAAGCCGGACCCCUCUUACCACCAGGUGGCACACACCCCUUUUCGGACAUGCACGAUGAUCUUUCCUUGUUUUCCAAAUUCUUUGGAGGCAGGAGGUGAACCUAUCGAUCGGGAGCACGGAAGAAGAAUAAAUGUCAAAUCAUUUGUAGACAUUAUUUCACUGUAUGGCAUUGUGGUAAAGUCAUGUUUAGGGUUGGUUAUAUAUAUUCAGUAAGGAUUUAAUGAAGACUGUUGGUUAUAUUGCCUCUCUCUUAAGUAUGGGCAGGCUGGAUCAACUAAGCCUGGUCCCAGAUCUGUUUGUGCUCUUGCCAACUCCAUUGCUCAUUGUCAAGCCAAACAUGACUUGGCACACAAUGAGUGACAAGGAGUUGGCAUGAUGGUACAACAGACUGGCACUCAGGCUAGAAUCAACUGAUUGCCAAAAAACCUGAGUAUUUCUGUACAGUAAAACGUGUAGCAUGGCAGUGUGAUUCUUAAUUGACCAAUGACCACUAAGUGAGCUAGGCAGACGAUAUUAUGGACAGAAUUGAAGAGUCAAAUAACCCUUUUGUGAAUAGUUUGCAGAAAGAGCUCAACCUAAAUCAGGCAUAAGAAAAUUCUCACUUCUCAAUAUGCGUAUUUUAUUUUUGUGAAGUCCUUUUCAAAUUCUGCAAUGUGAAUUUUUGACUGAACAAUAAAGAGGCAUAAUAUAUUUA